UUAUAAUAUGCAACUACGUACUUCGACUUACCAUGCUUACUGUACUUCAGCAGUUCAGGCGCGAUGUUUGAAAUCGUUCAACACGCUCGCCACAUCGCAAAACAGCAGUAGACUCAGCUUUUCUCCUUCCACGUAGAUCUACUAUCGUCACCCCGUGCUUUUCCGCAAUGCUAUGUGGGCCGGCCGGCAUAGAAGUACCGGUAGGUGAUCUGCAACCCGCCAGAUUGCCUGGAGCUGCGGUGCUGAAGCUAGCCUGAACUGAAGGUGAAACACAAGCCACCAAGGAUCGCUACCACUAUCACUUUAUCAGCGUUCACACCCCACUCUGAAAGUCACAGCAGGCAGCUUAGUCGGAAUAAUGGGGCGACCCAAGUGUGCGGAAGGACAGCAGUCUCGAGAUGAAGAGAACGAAGAAGAAGAACUGACAGUGUCCCAGCCAUGCAUGUCUGAGUCAACCGCUGCAGAUCCAGCUUCGUCACCGCUACGCCGGUCACCCAGAAAGUACCCCGAAGCCAAUGCUACACCAGGCUCACCUCAGCGUACCCCGCGUCAAGUGUCUCCGAAAAAGCGGAGGCGGCUUAGUUUUGAUCAAGGUUCCUCUCCGGAGAAGAGGCCAUAUGGUCAUUCUCCAAGUGCUGCUGUAGUAUCAUCUGCUCAUGGCUCUCUAUGCACCGUGCCUGUCCAAGAGACAAUGGCACCAUCGACGCCAUCUGGCGUCCGCCAAAGAACCACCAGUGCUGGUUCUGCGUCUGCAUUUGCAAGUGCACCUUGCAUGUCACGGGCUUUGCCACAGCAAGACACUACUAGUUCAAUGCUCGCUGGAGCCACACCCAGUACGCCGGCAAUCCCCCGUACUCCCAGAAGUACAAGCGCAACUCCGAAGACGCCAACGUCUGGGAAGUCGGAGAAGCGUGAUAUGCAGUGUUUACAACGCUGCCCCAAGUGUGUGGAAAAGGGGAAAGAAGGCGGUUGGCUUCGAAUUGCCUAUUGGAAAAAACAAAAUCACCACAUUGUCGUCUGCACACAGAAGCAUGCCAAGCAAGACGAUUGCGACACAAUUCUUCACUACAACGCGUGCGAAAAAAUUGAGGCGGCAAGAGCCUGGUGCAAAGAACCGGGAUGCGACGCGAGGAAGGUAAAAUUCACUUUUCCUGCCAGGAAAAUUCCGUCUAGUUGCAAGCAAGGCCUGAUCGCGUGUGCAUUUUGCGACGAGGAGGUCACCUUUGGCAACGACAAAGUUUUGGCAAGCCUCUUUCCUGACAAGGAGCGAGAUCCCACCCGCGAGGCCAUGCGCAACUAUUCCACGGCAGCUGUCGGGGAGCUGAUUGGGGAUUGUCCGGAAUGUCCGGUCGGCAAGCUUAAAAUACAUAGGAUUUCCAAGUCUCACGUAUGGACAUUCUCCUGCGACACGUACGGCACACCUGAAGGGCCAUGCUGGGUGUGGUACUUCAAGAACACGGUGAAGGAAAUUACUUUGAGCAAGAAGAAUUGUGAAGAGUGCGGUAAAAAGCUGUUCAAUCUGCAAAUGGACCCGCCGUUCAAGGGAUUCUCUAGAACGAAAAACUACUGUUUCUGUAACCUGGACAUACAGCGGCAGCUGAACAAAAACCGACCGAAGUCGUCAGAGAGUCAACAGGCGACUGAGUAAGGCCCCGUGCUACCAUGGUAACGGACGUAGUGAAGAGUUGGCCCCCUAUCAGUAUCAGAAAACACGUACCAACUCCAGCUAUGUUAGCUGUAUGACGUCUGCAUAACUGACUUCUGCCUCACUCUCAGUAGCUGUGGGUGUGUGCAGCUGGGGAUUAGACAUGUUUAGCUUUUCUCAGUCCACAAUGGAGUUGUUCAUGUUCCUAUCCUCUAUUACUAGCAGGCUAUUGUGUGUGUGUGUGUGUGUGUGUGUGUGUGCGUGUGUGUGUGUGCGUGUGUGCGUGCGUGUGUGCCGGUGUGUGUGUGUGUGUGUGUGUGUGUGUGCGUGUGUGUGUGUGUGUGUGUGCGUGUGUGUGUGUGUGUGUGUGUGUGAGAGAGAGAGAGAGAGAGAGAGAGUGAGAGCGAAAGAGCGAGCGAGAGAGAGAGAGAGAGAGAGAGAGAGAGAGAGAGAGAGAGAGAGAGAGAGAGAGAGAGAGUGUGUGUGUGUAUGUGUGUGUGUGUGUGUGUGCGUGAGAGAGAGAGAGAGAUCGAUAGAUAGAUAUAUAGAUAGAGAGAGAGAGAGAGAGAGAAAGAGAGAGAGAGUGAGAGAGGUAGAUAGGUAGAAAGGUAGCUAGGGAGAGGAAGAGAGGCUCCCAAUCACAUAAUUAUUUUUUUCUUUUUCUGCGUGCGGUAUGUCUGUUUGCAUCUGGAUUAUGCGUUUCUACCUUUCUAUACCGGGAGGAUUUCUAUACCGGGACUGAGGAUUUUUCGCUUGGCGACAUGCACCUAAAGACCUGCCAGGCUCCGGCAGAGGGCAAUGCAAUGUAGCCUAUUUACUCUCUUCUGACUUCCAUCGUUCUCUUGUCCUUUGCUUAUUGGCUUCAUGUGCCUGCUUAUACAUUUCUGCGAGUGCAUUAUUCAUGGCUUGUAUUGCAUGGUAUGCUAUGGCUGAAUCAAAUUGCUUUUGGAGUCAAACUGAGACAUUUUCAAGAUGAUUAACGAUGAGCAACUAGCAGGUGCUUUCCUA